GUAGCAAAGAAGUGAACUUUGCCUAAGGAACAGAGAACUACAUGUUGAUAGUUUUAUGGGUUCCAAAUGGAGUAAAGAAAAAAAAAAAGAAAUUGAAGACAGCAGUCGUUGUUUGUAACGUUUCAUCCUACUUUCCCUUUUCUUCUUUCGCCCUUUCAUUUUUGUUUCAAGAGAAAAGAGAGCCAAAGUCAAGCAUAAGAAUGUAAUUCCUCGAUGUACUCUCCCUACCCAAAAAACAAAAAAUAAACAAAAAAAUAGAGGAAGAAGAAAAAGAAAGAAGAAAUUAAAAUAGAUAAAAAGAAUCAUAAGUGGUUGACAUAUUCGUUUUCUUGUCUCGCUUGAUAAUUGUCUUCCUCCGUACAAAAGCCCGAAUAUUGCUUAGUUCAACGAAUUUCUAAUUUUGGAUUCAACAAUUUUUCAAAUCUAGAAACCAUGCCAAAUUUUUUUGAAUGGAAACUUUGGUAUCGUAACAAAUCCAAGCGAAACCCAUUGCUUUGGGUGGGUGCGCCUUUUAUAGGAUCCAUUCUGUUGGUUUGGGUGUUUGCAAUUCCAAUUGCUCAGAUUAAAUUUACAAGGAGAGAUGAACAAGUAAAAACCCUUACAAAAGAAGAGCAACUGGAUCUUAACAAGAGAAGACGAAAGGUCAAUGUUAACGAAGAAUAUUAUAGGAUCUUGUUGGAUAAAAUGCAACAAGAAAGUGGAGACUAUGAAAAUAAGCGUGUUCCACGUUUACCUGGAGAACCUACGUGGGAACCAAGUUCUUCUUCGAAUGGACCGGAAGAAAAAUAAGGCAUGUGUCCAAACUGGCUAAUGAAGCCUUUGACUGUAGACCAAUUCCGUUAGCUUUUAGAUCCAGGAAAUGGAAACGCUUUCCGUUCUACGCAACCUUUAUGUGAAAUUUUUAUUUUGUUGCUGAUGCCUUACAGAGAUAAAUAAAAUCCAACAUGACUGGUGCAAACGACAUCCUAAAUCUUGAAUUCAGUCAGACUAUUUGGAGAACUGAGAAGGAAAGCAAGUGUCUUUUUCUUUAGUGUUCAUGUUUUGGAUUUACUCCUUUCUUUACAUAUUCAUCUUUAAAUUCAUUGAAUUCCUGGAAACGAUGCUUACAAGCAAGUAUUAGAAUAUUUACCUCAAAGGUAAGAAAUCGAUUUGUAAUAGACAAAAAGCUUAAGCGCAUACAAAUAGUAUUGAAAAGUUUUUAUCCAAACCUUUAGGGAAUAUUUUGACUAUGUCUAAUUAUUACAAGGGAUUCAAUUCAUAAAAAGAUUCUUUUUCCCAGUCAUUAUCAUUUCGUUGCUUUCAUUCUAACUUUUUAAAGAGAAUAAUGUCUUUAGCUUAAACUACUCAGUGUCUACGGCCAUACCUAGGCGAAAACACCAGUUCCCGU